AUGCAUGCCAACGCUGCUUGCCUACCACCACCGCUGCCGGCACCGCCGGCCUACCGCUGCCACCUGCCAAUCGCCACAGCUGCCGCCUGCCUAAUGCUGCUGUCUGCCACAUGCCUGCCCCCGCUGCCUGCCUGCUGCUCCCGCCUGCUAUAUCCUUGCACCACCCGCGGCCCUUACCUGCCGUGGUCUGCCUGCCAGCCGCUGCUUACUGCAGCCUGCACCUGCUACCUCUUACCUGCCGCCACUGCCUGCCUACCGCUGGCGCCUGCAGCCCGCUGCCCCCACUGCCUGCCUCCGCUGCAGCCUGCCUCCUCCUGCCACCUUCCCCCGCCACCUGCCUCCGCUGUCUCCCGUGGCUUCCUGCCACUGCCGCCUGACACCGCUGCCGCCGCUUCCUGUUGCCGCCUGCCUGACGCCACUGCUUACCACAACCUGCCCGCGCUGCCGCCUGCUGCCACUGCCGCCUGCCUUCGCUUCCUGCUGGGGCUGCCUGCUACUACCUACCACCACCGCCUGUCUGCCAAACCUGUCUGCCGCCGCCCGGCAUCCUUGCCUGUGUCCCCCUGCCUCCGCCUGCCUGCCCGCACCCCCUGCCACCGCUUACCGGUGCCUACCGCCACCACCUGCCACCACCACCACCACCUGCCUACCGCGGCCGCCUGCAGCCCGCUGCCGACGUUGCCUGCCACCGCCUGCCUGCCCCCACUGCCCGCUGCCCGCCACGGCCCGCUGCCGCUUCCUUACCACCGCCGCCUGCUGCCGCUUACCACUGCCCGCCACCGCAGCCCGCCACCACCGCAUGCCUACUACUGCCGCCUCCCAACAGCUGCAAUUCCCGCCUUCCUAACACUGCUGCCUGCGGCCACCACCUGUCCCCGCCACCCGCCUGCCACUGCUUCCUGCCACCACCGCCUGUUGCCAUCUGCGGCUACUGCCACCCGCCUCCGCUGCCUAACCUCGACGAUGCCUGCCAAUGUUGCCUGCCUACCGCCGCCACCUGCUGCCGCUGCCCCCCUGCAGCCCACUUGCCCCCACCGCCUGCCGCUGCCGACUGACGCCGCUGCCCUCUGCUGCCCUCACUGCCGGCCGCCGCUGCGGCCCGCCUCCCCCUGCCACCUGCCCCUGCCGCCUGCCGCCGCUUUCUGCAACUGCUUACGGCCGGCUGCGAAUGUCAGCCGCCGCUUCCUGCCUGGCCCCUGCAGCCUGCAGCCCGCCACGGCCUGCUGCUGCUUACCUACCACCGCCGCCUACCACCGCCUGCUGCCACUUACCACUACCCGCCACGGCAACCCACAGCCACCACGUGCCUACCGCUGCCGCCUACCUAACGCUGCUGCCUGGCCCUGCCGCCUGCCGCCGCUUCCUCCCGCCGCUUACCACUGCCUGCCCCCGUCUGCCACCUCUUGCCACCGCCGCCCCCUGCCUGCCCCUAGCCGGGGCCUGCCAGCCACCAGCACCUGCCCCCACCACCUGCCCACCGCCGCUUCCUGCCGCCACCGCCUGUUGCCGCCUGCGGCUACUGCCUACCGCCAAAGCUGUAGUCUGCCUGCAACUGCCUGCCACCUGCCUGCCGCAGCCUGCCUGCCCCCGCCCCCUGCCGCCGUCGCCGUCUGCUACCUCCUUCCACCACCCGCCGCCCUUGCCUGCCUGCCGUUGCUUACCACAGCCUGCCACCGCUUCCUGUCGCCGCCUACAAUCGCCUACCGCCGGCGCCUGCUGCCAACCUUGCCUGCCGCCGCCCACCACACUUCACUACUGCUGACGCCGCUGACGCCGCUGACGCCGCUGACGCCGCUGACGCCGCUGACGCCGCUGACGCCGCUGACAUGCCCGCCUGCGCUUCUGGCGCCCCUCCCCACGCUGACACACGCUGCCAAAGCUGACCCGCCUGCUGCUGACCCCGCCCCUAUCGCGGCGCCUACUUCCCCCACCGCCGCUGCAGCCGCAGACGCCACCCGCUGGUGCUGUCACCGCCGCCACCUCUGCUGCUGCCCGCCGCCACCUGUCACUGACUGCCACCACAUGCCUGCUGCUGCCUGCCACCGCCGCCUGCCACCGCCUGCCUGCUGCCACCACCAGUCACUACUACCACUGCCGUCUGCCACUGCCGCCCCCUGCUGCCGCUUACCUCUGCCUGCCACCGCCACCUGCCUUCUGCCACCCACCGCCCUUGCCUGCGCCUCCAGCCUGCUGCCCGCCGGCAUCCGUGGCCGCCUGCCUGCCGCCGCCGUCUGCUGCCGCAGCCUGGCUCCACCGGGCCCAGCUACCUAA